AUUUGUUGGCGUACCGAACGGCGAGAGAAAAAAAUACGUUUCCAAACAGUUCCUGUCUUUCGUUCAGGACAGUAAACAAACGGCUAACGAGAAAUAAUUAUAUCGAUUAAGGAGACAAUUAAACUGUCCAAUAUGUCUGGACAAAACCUCCUUAAUGCUAAACAGCCGCCGAUUCAAUCUACGGCAGGCGCUGUACCUGUGCGAAAUGACAAAGGUGAGCUUUCUAUGGAAAAGGUGAAGGUGAAGCGCUAUGUCUCAGGAAAGCGCCCAGAUUACGCUCCGAUGGAGUCGUCGGAUGAAGAAGAGGAAGAUUUCCAGUUCGUUAAGAAAGGCAAGGAGGCAGAACCGGAGAUGGAAAUUGAAGAGGAGGAUGUAUCAGACCCUCGCCUUCGCCGUCUCAUGAACCGUGUGUCGGAAGACGUUGAAGAAAGACUUGCACGCCACAGACAAAUUGCUGAACCGGAGCUGAUUGCCGAGAGCAGUGAGGAUUCAGAUGAGGGAACCUGGCACCCGGAGCGAGAGGAGAGCAGCGAAGAUGAAGAAGAAGAGGAGGAAGUGGAUGAUGAGGAAAUCGAGAGGCGGCGAGCGAUGAUGAGGCAGCGAGCACAGGAGAGGAAGAACGAGGAGACGGAGGUCAUGGAGGUGGAGGAAGAAGGGAAGUCCGGUGAAGACUCGGAGUCUGAGUCUGAGUAUGAGGAGUACACCGACAGCGAGGAUGAAGCUGAACCGCGGUUAAAACCCGUCUUCAUCCGCAAGAAGGACAGGGUGACUGUGGCUGAACGUGAGGCUGAAGAGCAGAGACAGAAGGAGCUGGAAAUUGAAGCCAAGAAACAGGCGGAGGAGAGGCGUCGCUACACCCUGAAGAUCGUAGAGGAAGAAGCCAAGAAGGAGUAUGAGGAGAACAAACGCAGUCUGGCUGCUCUGGAUGCCCUGGACACGGACGGAGAAAAUGAAGAAGAGGAGUACGAGGCCUGGAAGGUCAGAGAGCUGAAGAGAAUCAAGAGGGACCGAGAGGCUCGAGAAACAAUCGAGAAGGAAAAAGCCGAAAUCGAGAGAUUCCACAACCUCACAGAGGAGGAGCGUAGAGCCGAACUCCGCGUCAACGGCAAACUCAUCACCAACAAAGCAACCAAGGGCAAGUACAAGUUCCUGCAGAAGUACUACCACAGAGGAGCUUUCUUCAUGGAUGAAGAGCAAGACGUGUUCAAGAGAGACUUCAGUGCACCAACGCUUGAGGAUCAUUUCAACAAAACUAUUCUACCCAAAGUUAUGCAGGUCAAGAACUUUGGUCGUUCAGGACGCACUAAGUACACACAUCUGGUGGAUCAGGACACCACCUCGUUUGACUCUGCUUGGGCUCAGGAGAGCGCCCAGAACAGCAAGUUCUUCAAACAGAAGGCAGGGGGAGUGCGAGACGUGUUCGAUCGGCCUUCAGUGCAGAAGAGGAAGACAUGAGUUACCUUCUGGAUGUAUACAAGUUCAGACACAGCUGAAAUAUUGGACUGUUUUUACUUUUUCCAUCCACAUCCCCUUCUGUGUUUUUCUUUAAUGUAACAGUGACAAUGAAAGGUGUUGCAGUGUGACAACAAAUCUUGGUUUAUUGCAUUUUAAUUUUGUACAUCUGAUGGAUUCCUUUAAAGAAUUUGACUCUGCUCAGACCUUUUGUAAAAAUCUUUAGUUGUUGUGAAUAAAUUACUAGAACAGGAAAAUUCA